AUGUCCCUUCAUCGGAUGGGUCUCGAAAAUGACACUUUUUCAGAAGCCAAGAGGAGAGCUUGGUGGAUGACAUAUUUCUGUGCUCAUCUAUGUUCUGUGGUUCGACAAAGUGCCUGUUUAAACGUAGACGAUGACAGCCAUUUCACAACUCCAUAUCCAAGGUUGGAAUCCGAUCCAGAAGCAUGGUUGAUCUUCCUCGAAGCUCUACGAAUCGGGGUCGCGAGUGUCAAGUUUACUGCCAGUUAUAACGAACAUUUAAGCUCGCACGCGGAUAUGUCUAGGAUUUUCGAGCAGAUGAAGAUGCUCGACAAAUGGGUGCUUCAGGUCUCCGUUCGGAUCGAAAGCUAUGUACCUGUUUCAAGCUCAAUAGAGUUUGACCCUGCCUACGAGUCAGCGACCGCAGAAGUAAUGCGAAGGCUUGCUCGCAUCAGAUUAUCCAGCACAAGAAUCCGUCUUCAUCGAUUUCGAGCCUUCUCAGACACGCCACUCUUCGCCGAGAAUCACUGUGAUCUCUCGGUUCCUAAUACUCUCAAUACUGCUUCCAGCGUGACCAGUGAUGCCGAAGCAAGUGUCGCCGCUUAUAAUAUGAUCCAGUCGCCUCCAUUCACAAACGAUCAGUCCACCGAAAUUUGCGUGGCAUCAGCUCUAACAAUUGCGCGGCAGCUACAAAGAUUGCCGAUUCCCCAGACAUCUGACGGGGUGAUUAGUCGAGCGAUGCCUACCUGUACAUGCUGUGCAAUGCAAGCUAGUUACGUUCUUCUAAUGCAAUUCUAUAAACUUCACGCCAUACUCCCUGCCGCACGAAUAUCAUCAGGCGACUUAUCUGUGGAUACAGAACGCCUCCUCGACGAGCUCCGGCAUGGCUUGGAGGAUAUCAUCGGGGCAAUGAAUAAUUUCGCCGUUUCGUUUGAAGCCAUUGCGGGAAUGCGAGAUGAGAUUGAGAUUGCCUAUCAUGUUGCUUUUCCAUAUAUGGCAACAGUCCUAAAGUAG